AUGAAAAAAGAAAUAGUCGAACAAAAAAUUGAAGAAAAUUAUUUUAGUAAAGAAACAGAAGAGAUAGGAAUAGAAAUUGAAGAAGCCAAUGUUGAAACCGGAGCUCCAGGACCAGUUGCGUUUUGUAAGGACUUACAUAGUUUGAUUGAGCACAUAAACGAGGAAAGGCACAAUUCGGAAAUUUUACUCAAGUUUGGAAUCGACGGAGGUAGUGGAUUUCUGAAAAUUUGUCUUUCCAUGCAAUCUUUGGCUGAACCAAAUCACACCACCUCAAGUUUUUCAAAAUAUAUCUGCAAAAAUUUCAAGGAUUCGGGAGUGAAAAAAUUAAUUGUCAUUGCUAUUGCUUCUAAUACACAAGAAAAUUACUCAAACAUUGCGAAAUUAUGGAGUCUAUUGAAAAUCAAUGAAUUCACCGGAGUAAUAGCAACUGAUUUAAAGCUGGCCAACAUAUUGUUGGGUAUAAUGACGCACGCCUCUAGCAACCCAUGUACUUGGUGCUAUGCCCAGAAGGGUCACUUAGAUAAACCUGGUUUGGACCGAACUAUCGGAAAUUCAUUGCAACAUUAUCAAGAAUGGUUUGAAGCAGGCGCUGUUCGAAAAGAUGCGAAAAAAUUCAAAACAUUCACAGGAAACUCCUGUAAAAUUCUUCUGAGUAAAGUGGAUCUUUUGAGAGCAAACUGUGAAUUGGGUUGCUUGAGGUAUGUUGAAAGUCUGGACUGCCUUGGACGUGUUGUUCAUGAAUGUUUUGGGAUGAUAUUGACACCAAAUUACAAAUCCUCGAUUGCAGACUUUAGACGAAGUUAUUUAGCAUUAUUGAAAUCAGUGACCCCAAAAAUUCAUGCUAUAUUCUUUCACGUCGAGGAAUUUUGUGAUUCGACGGGAAACGCAUUAGGUUUUUAUAGUGAACAAGCUGUUGAAUCUGUGCAUCAUGAUCAUGAUCAAUGA